AUGUCUUGCCGUGGAGCCAGCAACAUUUCUGCCCGUGGAGGAAGAGGAGGACUCAACGCUCGUGGCUACUCGGCCAACAACAGAUGGGCGCAAGGACUUGCCCAGCCGAUCGAGCCGACUGAGGAAACAAUGGCAGUUCUUGAGGAUUUUGUGAGCCAGAACCCAAUCACGAAGGAUGAGUUGGAAGGAUUUUUGGCAGAGAAGAAGACGGGGAAUAAAGCCGGAUCUAGAAGAGUCUCUAGUGAGAAGGCAUCUGUUCCACCAGCGGCAAACUGUCCAGAAGAUCUGCAAAAGAUCAAAAACACCCUUCCCGCCUCUCAGUAUAGACAAGAAGUUCUUGAAUCCAUCAAGAAAAAUGAUGUGGUGAUCAUCAGUGGAGGAACAGGAUGUGGGAAGACCACGCAGACACCUCAAUUCAUUCUUGACGAGGCGCAUACGAAGAAUCAGGAAGUACGUGUUAUCGUCACGCAACCACGUCGAAUUGCUGCCACGUCGAUCGCGGAAAGAGUGGCGAAGGAGCGCGGAGAGAAGAUUGGGGAGACAGUCGGGUAUCAAGUGAAACUGGAGAGCAGAAAGAGCGAAGCAACACUCCUCACCUACUGCACCACUGGAGUACUCCUCCGGAUGCUCACAUCUGACCCGCUCGCCUCCAACAUCACUCAUAUCAUUAUGGAUGAGAUCCACGAGCGGGAGAUCAACACCGACUAUCUCCUUAUAGCGGUCCGGGAGUGUCUGAAGCGUCGGACAGACUUGAAAGUCAUUUUGAUGUCUGCCACGAUUGAGGGCAACAUGAAGUUGUUUACUGAAUACUUUCAACACCUCAACGUGGGUAUCAUUAAAAUGGAGUCCAGAACGUUUGAUGUGAAAACCUAUCACAUUGAACACAUUUUGGCGAUGACGGGAUACCAACCUUCUCGUAGCUCGGAUGACUUUUAUUUAAUCAACGAUGAAAAUUGGAACGAGAAGUUGGUGGAGUUGAUGGAGGGACAAAAGGAGAAUAUUGUGGAUGGAGUUGACCUCGUGGAACAGCUUGAAGAGAGGUUUAAGGAGGAAGUUGAACUGGCUAUUCCAUACAGAACCGAUCACUUCAAUAUCCAAUCGAAUGAUUAUAUUGAGAAAGUCGACUUUGGGAAGAAUCGGCUCGGAGACAUGUAUGACAUUCUGUACGGAAAGGAUAACAAAAACUCAGUAGACUUUGAUCUUUUGAACCAUGUUAUCCGAUAUCUGACAGACAGCCCAAUCCUUGGAUCGAUUCUUGUCUUCCUUCCUGGUUUUGAGGAUAUUCAAAAGGCUAUGGCAUUGAUUAAUGAAUGGAAGAAUAAGUUGAUCAACAUGAAGUCAGUUUGUGUCGUUCCACUCCAUUCACAAAUGAGCAAUCAUGAUGAGGCUUUUAAGAAAGUUGAUGACGGAACCAGAAAAAUAAUCUUGGCCACAAACAUUGCCGAGGCGUCAAUCACGAUUGAAGACGUCAUAUUCGUGGUGGACACAGGAAAAGCCAAGGAAAAAUGUUUUGACCAUAACGCCAAGAUGAGCACUCUAUCAACCAAAUCUAUUGCAAAAAGCAAUGCAUUACAACGAUCUGGAAGAGCAGGAAGAGUAGCUAAUGGAUAUUGUUUUAGGCUAUACUCCAAGAAAGCCUUUGAUGAAAUGCCAGAGUCACAAAUUGCCGAGAUGAAGAGAGCACCAAUCUACGAUGUUACAUUACACGCAAAAAUUUUUGCUCCGCAAGGCAUGAGGAUUCAGGAUUUUUUAUCAUUGGCACCAGAAGCGCCCGAGGAGGAAUCUGUGAUCCAAUCGAUUAGCUUCUUGACUCAAAUUGGAGCCUUCCAUAGGUCAGCUAGCGAUGAAGAUUUGGAUAAGGAUCCGGAGGUGACUGAACUUGGAAAGAUUAUGGCUCGACUCCCAUUGGACCCUCAACUGGCUAAAAUGCUCAUUUUUGGGCUGGCUCUCAAAUGCUUGGGGCCAAUUGUUAACUUGGUAUCAGUGUUAGCGUGCAAAGAUCCUUUUGUACUCCCAAGUCUCGAGGACAGAAAUAAGCAGGAGAACAAGAAGGCUAGUUUCUCCGCCGCGCAAGAUUUCUCCGAUCAUCUCCUAUACAUCCGCCUGGCCAGAGCAUUUGAGAAUCUGUCCGGAUACAAGGAGCAAGCAAAGUUUUGCGAUGACAACUUCCUCAAUCUGUCGACAAUGAAAAUGAUCAAUGGGACUUGUCGGCAACUUCUCCAGGAGUUGGUCGGAGCCGGUCUCGUGAGCUAUUCUGGCCGCGAUGUCAUGGCUCUCUUGGACGAUAUCUCCUACAAUUGUUACUCGGAUUGUUGGUCAAUGGUGCAGGCAGCAAUUGCUGGAGGAGUCUAUCCAUGUGUUGGAGUCAAUCGGACCACCUCCGUUUUGAAAAAGGUUCAGACAUCACACUCUGAUGAUGCUGGCCUUCACCCUUCCUCAUCAUUGAAAAAGGCAACUAAAAAUAACGCACAAGGCCCAGUUCUCGAAUUUGUGGCAUAUCAAGAAAUGUGUCAAAUGUCGGAUUCUUCACUGGCAAUGAAGAUGGUAACAGCGAUUCCGUCACUCACCGCUUUUUUGUUCACUGGAGGCAUUCAAUUGAAAAAAGAAGUGAUAGAAGAGCAUGUGCUAGCCAAUGAGCCCCAAUUCGAGUUAGAAGGAAUUUCACAUUUCUACAUGGGUGACUGGUACUGCGUGGAAGCUGAGAAGAAUACAAUGCGCCAGCUACUGAUUCUCCGUCAGAAGUUCAUGAACUACUUCAUGGAAGGAAUCUCCAAUCCUCAAUUCUUUGGCCAGGGAACCACGGAUAGCCAGAAGAAAACAUUGGAAGUCGUUCGACAACUUUUGGAAUCUGAGAAGAUGAGAGCCAAUUUCUCGCCAGUGGAGAUGUCUGCGUCAGCAAGACGUUAUGGAGGAUAUAAGAGUGGCCAGAAUCAUCAGUACCAAAACCAAGGGCAGUCAUCUCGGCAGUACAUUGGUGAUGGUAGUGGCUGGCAAAAACACAAAACUGGUGGAAACAGAGAUCAAUUUCAAAAGCGCGAGAUUCCUUUCAAACAAUCCAAAACAAGUGGUAGCGGGGGUCAGUGGCGAAACACUGGCAAGGAAUAUCAACCGAGAAGAGAACAAAUCGCUCAGUCAGAUAGUAACCAAUGGCGUAAUCCCAAUUCACAACAGUACAAUGCAGAUGGUAGUGGUAGCCAGUGGAAGAGACAAGAGCAGUCGUACCAGCCGAGACAAGGACAAUCUGGACGUGGAAGACAGGGUUAUAAACCGCGUGGACAAUCAUACCAGCCAAAUGGUGGGCAAUCUAGAUAUCAAAAUAAAUUGUGA